CAACUACAACACUAAAAGCACCAAAGUUUACACUUUAUUAGAGCUUUAAAAGCAAACAACUGUCUUCAAAAUCUUAAACAAGAAGAAAAAACAACAUUAAGCUGUUCUGUUAAUAAUCACUUUCUAGCCAUGGCCACUACUAUUGCUCAUGAUGAUUCUGAAGUUGGUUUUGAAGAAGGAAUGCUCUGGUUACCCUCUUAUGUUCUCGACGAGCUAUGUAUAAGAAACCAUCAUCAAAACCAGAAGGUACUAAACCAAGAAAAGUUGCAUCAUCACAAAUCAUCUAGAGAAUCAGAAUCAAUAUCCACUUCGAGGUCUUCGUACCAAAGGCCAAAACUCGCGAACCGUGGUGUUGGAAAUGGAAUGCGAGCUAUUUUUUUAGAAUCGAGGAAUGGAUCGUGUGGUACUGGCGUAUUUUUACCUCAAAGAGCAGACACAAAGUUCCAACCAAGAAAAAGGCCAGCUUGUGCACCAGUCCUCCUUCCCGCUCGAGUUGUUGAAGCUCUAAAUAUUAACGUUCAUGCAUUGGGUGUGCAGAUUUCGCCUCCACAAGUUCAGAAAUAUAAACCGAGAUGGAGAGAAGCGAACGAUGCAAAUUCAACCGAAAAUAAAAAUGAUCAGAAAGAUACUUCUAAGCAAUGUAGUUUUAUAUCUCAGAAAAAAUGUUCUGCUCAAGAGAUAUUUCUACCAAAGGAAUGGACUUACUAAAUAGCUCUUCAUUUGAAAUAAGAGAACAACCAAUUUCCAUUCAUUCUUGUACAUCAUUCGUUAUGCAGUAUUCAAUAAAACUACCUAGUUUAAUUCAUUAGAUUCUAAAAACAUUACAGAUUCCUAGUUUCUUGUAAUUCAUCAUCAUUCUAACCACUGCAGCAGCGGGGGAGAAUCCAAAUCCGCAGAUGUUGUUUAUCAUUAGACUUCACUUCACUUCAUAUCAUCAGACUCGAGUCGAGAGUUUUAUGUACAUAUUAUAAGUCAAUGUAUACAAAUGAUGUAUCAUUGAUUAGACUAUGUUUGGAUUAACAGCGAGUUUGACAGAAUCACAACAAUCAUUGUGAUUUUGUGAUUUUGCCAAACUCGCUGUGAAUUCAAACAUACACUAAAUAUUAUUAUGAGGUAUAAUUUGGUUAAGCGCUCUCUUAACUUCCACAAUACUAACUUUCUUCCCAUUACCAUUUUCCUUAACCUUAGCCCUCA